CGUUGCAUUUCUUUUAGCUGCAUCUUCAACCCUAUAAUUAUGAAAAUGGUGCGAAACCCUAAUAUGUACAUAACCCGACCCACAGGUAGAGGUUGUUGAACGGACGUGGGUAGAUCAUCAAGAGGUCGCUGGAAUUGAGCUGCUCGUGGGCACCGAAGAUUGCAGUUGCUACCAGUAUGAGCGAGACGACGGAAGGCAACAAUCUUGCUGUAAAUACGGCGAGGAAAGCGCCGCCAUCGCUGCUGAAGACGCUGCUGAGCAAGGGGCAUAGCGCCAAUGACGCUUUGACGCACGACGGGAACAACGCUUCGAUUAUUCUGGACGAUAAGACAUCACGCGAAACGCCGUGGACGCCCAAGAGUUUAGGGAGAGCGAAGACGGCCAUUAUAUACAAGCAAACGCUGAACGACACGUUGCUGGUACUGGAGCGCAAUAUGUUCUUCAUCAGUGGCUGGGUGCCGUAUUUUGUGUCGUUGCAAGAAGACAGUAUCCUAAUGUUUACGAGUCGAGAGCGGUGGGAGCAGGGCCUCAAACCCGACAAGGUAAUUGACUUGCACCAUUUGAUGCUGCUUGGCGACAUGAAAGUUGAUGUGAUUGAAGGAAGCUCGUCGCUCCACGAUCAAGACGGCAACUUGCGACUUUUCCGCCGCAAAUUACUGGAAACAGACGAGCUGGAUGAGGUAAGGCCCACUUUUGGUACUACUUUAAAAGUUCCAGCGGGAAUGUCAGCUUACCACGUAAAAAUAUUGUUUUACAAGUGGCUGAAUGAAGAGCUUCGACAGAGUUUAGUCGUCUCGUCGGGCAGUAAAGUGGAUACUCUUGCAGUAAACAAUCCAAAUGCGAGUACACAUUGCAUCCUGGAGUUCGGUUCAUACAACCAGAGCACGUUCGAGUUGUGGUCGAAGGCGAUACGCCACAUCCUGACGACGAAACGAGAGGCGCACGUCAACAGCUUACGAAGCAAUCAGACUAGAGAAGACACAAAUUCAAAUUCAGUAGCCACUGAUGGAUUUGCAGCUUCGCAAAAGUGCUGGGUAUCUCCGGGGCAAGAUUCCAGGGUGACGCUACUUCAAAGUGAGAUUUGGUGCAACCGCGUACUCUCCGGUGAGAAGGAAAAAGCCGAGUCUGAGUUCCGACGGAUAGUAGCGAUGGAGAAGUUAGUAGCACAAGUGACGCACCCGCAGAUGGCUUUACUGGUCUACGAGAAGGUUAGUCGCGUGCACGAAUUGUUCUCAGCCAACUGCAGGCGAGAAAUUGAGAGGCUUGACGGACGAGAAACACCGAUGCCAACGGAAACUCUCAAUUUCUUCGCGGACCAUCUCAAGCGAAAGUACUCUGUCUUCUUGAUCCUUGCAUUGGCCUACGGGGUCGAAGAGGAGGAAAUUCGAGAGGCGCAUGAGCGGAUGUGUCAAGAAAAUGCUGCCGUGAAUGCUGGAGUCGGUGGCGGCAUCGGUGAGCAGCAACGACCCGGUGCUUCCUACGGUUUCGAAGACCCAGAGAGCCUCGAGUUGUAUGAGAAAUACCGUGACGCCGCAUUCAAUUACCACAAAAUGAACUACGGAGACACUGCUGCUGCUGAAGAGGAAGACGCCAUCAUGCAUCUGCCUGUUAUGCUUCAAGUUGCGAUUGUUCGACAUGACCACGAGGAGUCGACCGCAAUGCUCUCCAUUCUGAACACCGUCAAAGCUCGGCUAUUGGAGCAUUGCACUCAGGAGAAUGAUUCCUAGUGCUGUACUAUCAGAGCGUCGGGUCAUGGUGUGUACCAUUUGCAUGAUACAAAAUCAACUCACAAUAAAAAUGUAAGAAUGAAGCUUCUCGUCUUCCAUUGUUCACCGUCAC